AUGAGUCCGUGGCGUUCACCUUGUGUCUACGUUAAGAAGAAGACUGGUGGUGUCCGUAUCUGCGUGGACUAUCGUGAACUAAAUCGUCGGUCCCACAUGUCCGCUUACCCCCUUCCUCGACCUGACUUUGUGCAGGAUGACUUGAAGGGUGCCCGUUUCUUUACAUCUCUGGACCUGAAGUCUGGUUACUGGCAAGUACCCGUCUCUGCCGCUGAUAUCCCGAAGACCGCUUUCUGUCCGGGGAAUGGUUUUCCCCUCUAUGAGUUUUUGCGUAUGCCGUUUGGUCUACAUGAUGCUCCUGCUACUUUCCAGAAACUCAUGGAGGACAUCCUGGGUGACCUACCAUUCGUCAAGAUCUAUCUUGAUGAUAUUUUGAUUUUCUCUCCGGACAUGGAGACUCACGUUCGGCACCUUCGUGUGGUCUUCGAGAGGUUGUCCGCUGCUAAGGUAACUUUGGGUGCUACUAAAUGUGACUUUGCCAUGGAGGAGAUAUCCUACUUGGGCCAUAUUUAUGACAAGUUUGGUAUGCGUCCCGAUCCUGACCGUGUCCGUUGUAUAAUGGAAUGGCCACUACCUGAGACAGUUCGUGAUGUGAGGCGGUUUAUGGGACUGGUUGGCUAUUACCGUUCUUUCAUUCCACGUUUCACGGCUAUGGCCAAGCCAGUGCAGGAUUUG